AUGGGCUCCUACCAUGCAGGCUCAUGCACUGCCACAAACAUUAAAAUCUCAUUUUCAUUAUUCUUGCUUCUUGUUGGAGUAGCUUCAGCACAAUUGUCCCCUACUUUCUAUUCAACAUCUUGCCCCAACGCCCUGUCCACCAUAAAAUCAGCUGUGGACUCAGCUGUGUCCAAAGAGGCUCGCAUGGGAGCUUCCUUGCUCCGUCUUCAUUUCCAUGAUUGCUUUGGAUGUGAUGCUUCGGUUCUGUUGGACGACACAGCCAGUUUGACAGGAGAGAAAACGGCAGGUCCCAAUGCUAAUUCUUUGAGGGGUUUUGAGGUCAUCGACACCAUUAAAACCCAAUUGGAGAGCCUUUGCCCCAAGGUGGUCUCUUGUGCUGACAUCUUGACCGUUGCCGCCAGAGACUCUAUUGUUGCAUUGCGUGGACCAACCUACACAGUGCCAUUGGGCAGAAGAGACGCAACCACCGCAAGCUUAAGUGCUGCCAAUUCCAACAUACCUGGUCCCCAAUUGAACCUGGCUGCCCUCAUUUCUGCUUUCUCAAACAAAGGCUUCACCGCCAGGGAAAUGGUGGCUCUCUCAGGAUCUCACACCAUUGGCCAAGCUAGGUGCACAACAUUUCGGAAUCGACUUUAUAACGAAGCCAACAUAAACGCGUCAUUUGCAACAUCCGUGAAAUCACAGUGUCCAAGCAGUGGAGGCGACAACACACUUUCCCCACUUGAUGUCACAAGCCCAACCUCUUUCGACAACGCUUACUUCAGGAACCUGGUGAGCCAGAAGGGUUUGUUGCACUCAGACCAGCAGCUCUAUAGUGGAGGGUCCACCAACACCAUAGUCGAUGCUUACAUCAGCAAUACUGGGACUUUCAGGGCAGAUUUUGCCAAUGCUAUGAAGAAGAUGGGAAACCUUAGCCCUCUCACGGGCACCAAUGGUCAGAUUAGGACCAAUUGUAGAAAGGUCAACUAG